GAGAGAGAGAGAGAGAGAGAGAGAGAGAGGAGGGAGAACAGUGUUGCAUCUAGUAGAAUCUUAUUCAGCAGCAGUAGCAGCAGCAGGCAUGCUUGAUGGUGCAGCAGAACCGCCUUUGUGUUCCCCGCUGCAGUGGGGGAGCGCAUUUAUCGUCUCGCCUGAGGGAAGGAGCCAAGAGUAUCCUCCAAUCAGCCGUCAGUGAUUUCUAUCAUCUUGUAGAGUCCGCUGAUGGUGAUUUAUGUUGAACCUGAGAGAGGCACUCUGACACUACUCACCACCUGGAUGGAAUCCUCUCUACGCUUUUGUUCCUAAUUGUGGGUUUUUAAAAGAAUGACCAACAGACAAAAGGUGGAUUACUACGGAGCUGCUGCCUCACAUUCAUGAAUUUAUGCUCUUUCCUCCCUGCAGCACAAGAUGGAUGAACUUUCUCUUUCCCGGAGCUCUAGUUUGAGCUUUGUUUUGGUCUGUGAGGACACAGAGGGACAGAAGUGAUUAUUGCAGUAAUCUGGAAGAGGGAAUACUCUCGUAUCCUUCCUCAUCCUUACAAUUUGCGUAUCCUCUCUUUCUAUCCUCCCUGAGUCUGUUGCAUCCUGUGUGAGUCCAUACCUGUUGACUCAGAUCAUUCACAUGGCAGGCUCUGGCUUUCAAACUGGCGCUUUUACAGUAGUAGCCAGGUAAGAUUAGAAUUCACAUCCUCAUGCGAUGGUAGGCUCUAUGUGGAGCUGGAGAUGGAGAGAGAGCAGGAACCGUCGGGACAUUUGACACGCCUGUUUGGCUUUCAGCACCUGCUGUGACUGUCUGCCACAGUUCUACAACUAGACUGGCUAAUGGCAUCUCUCUAGUGCUUACUGCCUAGCCUAGCAGACUGGGAGGGGUUUUUCAAGCGUGUGUGCGUGUCUCUCUCCGUGUGUGUGGGUCUUUUAUAUUGGAGUUGGUUAUAUAUUGUCCGUGUUAAGGAUUACACUGAGUGUCUGGAGAGAUUACAGGUGCAGUCAGCAAGGCUUUGAGGAAGGAUUACACUGAGUGUCUGGAGAGAUUACAGGUGCAGUCAGCAAGGCUUUGAGGAAGGAUUACAGAAGCUAACGCCUUGUUGCUGCCAGAAGGGUGGCUGGACAGAGGUUUAAAAACGUACCGUGUUGAACGGUGAUCAGACUGCAGGGGCUCCUGGAGGAGGUGCAGAUAAGACAUAAAGGUUUAACCCAGGUGAUGAGACAGACAGAGAGGGGAGAGGACCGGGAGAUAUACACACUCAUGAAGAAAUGGUUACGAGGGUACAGUAUAAUGGGGUACCUUUCUACUUGAGCAUGGUUUAAGUUAGAGAUGGAGAGAGAAAGACAGAGGGUAAUUAAAGAAUGAGUGCAGGGUUGAAGUCAAUACACUGAUUUAUCCCACUUUAACAGUGGAAGCACGGGUUGAAUGAGAGAUACACAUGAGAGGAGAAGAGACAAAGUGAAAGACUAUCAAUUAACACAUUUCAAUGAAAAGGAAAAGAGAGAUUGCUAAACCUCAAUCUUUCAAAUAAAAAGCACAGUAUUUUACACAUGGCUUAUCAUUGGUGGUUUUGAUGGUAAUGAGUCCUGAAUCUCCCAAUAAUAGUCCUGCAAACACAACAUCCAAUUGAAUCCCGUAGUGCAUGUGAUAUUGAUUUUAAAACAUGACCAGGUAGGAUGGUUCCUGUUCUCUGCCUAACAGGCCUGUAAUUGAAUUCUAAUCUUCUCUUCAGUGACACCCUGGAGCAGUAGCCUCCAGUAUUCCAGUGGAUUGGAAACACUUUCGAUUAGUUAAUACAUGAACCAUAACGUCAAAAGUGCUGGCUGGAAACCUGACAAAACACCUAGCUGAACCAACCAGUCUGUCUCAAACACCCUUCAGCCGACAACUGUAACCUAUUUCCCUCAAAUACUCCACAUUUUUAAAUGACAUAUAUUUUGUAUGCGGACGUGUUCACUGAAACAGCUUCAUCCUGAAAGUGGUUCUUAGCAGUUGUUAUUCUGACAGAUACAGACCAUCAGGCAAAGAGGUGUAGUUUGGACAACAGCGACUUCCUGGUGUGUUGUUCCCUCACUGUGAUGCUUGUGCAAGUGGAUGUGUUAUUGGGUUCCGUGCACCCGAUACACACCGCUUAUCUUAGCCCGACGACCAGGGCUUGAGCUUCAGGCCGUAGGCUAGAUGGUUCAGUGGGUAGGUUCUUUCUCUCUCCUCUUCGUCAGUUUCAAUGGAGGCAAACCAGGAAAUGUCAACGAUCAUAAGCACCAAUGAAAAGGUUCUGACGUGUCCAUUUACCCUGAAGAGGUGAAAGUACCAGAGCAAAAGAGGAGCGGAACCUGGGAAAAGACUGAAGCAAUCCUUCUAAACCUGGAAAGCAAAGAAGGUGGGAAGGGAAAAAGAAGGUGAAAAGUACUUUGAUAUCGGUGCCUGUUUGCAUCUGAAACUUUGAAAGUGUUUCUUUGAUAGAGUGCUGGGACCAGGGGAAAAACAUGGGUGAGUUUACUUCGAGUUCCAUUGGGAAAAACCUCAGCUAGUUCAGAGAGACAGCUCACAUGGUGAGACUGUUCCACAGAAAUGAGAAGUGGUUAUUAGGUUAUUGAAUCAUCAUUAUAUAGUCAUGAUAGACUGUCUUAGAUACAUUACAACACAAUAGCAGAGAUCGUCUGUCAGUCGUUCUUUCCAACCCAUCAGCAGCUCCCUUGUCACCUUAGUCAUUCCUCACUCCCCUUUCUACUCCUUCUGACCAAUCCAAAGACCACGAUGGAGUCAUGCAAAACCUAACCUGAACCUAACCACUCCACGCUUAUGAAGACAAAAAGAGAUUGUUGUACUCUGUGAUGGGGACAGAAACAGACGGGAAGACAUUCAAAACCAUUUUGUAAAUGUAUGGAUCACUACAGGAUGGUAGAACUUGAAAUCUGACUAAAAAGAAGAGGAACAGGACACAGCGACAGGGACACAGACUGUUUUUGGGGACAGAGAACCUCUGGGUUUCAUAAUCCAUAGUGUCCUAGUAUAAGAGGGGUCGACACCUGUAGGUCGGUGGGAAGCUCUCUCUGACUGCCACACCCAAAGGGAAAGAGGGGUAUUUUUAGGUACUGACCUCCUGGACUGGUUUGGCCCCACCCGGCCUGAGUCCAGGUCACCAUGGGGUGCAACAUGUGUGUGGUUCAGAAGCCUGAGGAACAGUACAGGGUCAUGUUCCAGAAGGGUCAAAUAAGUAACACGCUGUGUCCUUUUGAUGGAGAAGGUCGACUGAAGGUGAAUGGUAAGGAGCUGUCCUGUCUCUCACGGGACCCCACCCUGGAUGUGCGAGACCCCCUGCUGUCUCACGUGUUGAAGAGGGGGGCCCGGCGGCGGGCGGGACUGGCAGGGCGACUAGCGGGGCUGGACGGGACAGUAGCAGUUCCAGGGGGGCUGACUGACUGUGUGGACAGCGGCACUCAGACUGACAUCAGCUUCCAACACAUGUUGACUCUGGGAAGGACCGCCCACCACCCAGGUGGAGCCCCACCCCCUCACCCGCCCCCCUCCCCUCCACUGCCACCCAUCCUGGAACCCAACCUGCUCAACGAGCUCCUUUUAGAGCCGGAAUAUUAUGACCCCAAUGACUACUUUGAUAUCACUCAGCAUGAGGCGGAUCUCAGGCAGGAUGAGUUGGAGUACGAGGAGGUGGAGCUCUAUAAGUCUCGUCAGCAGGACAAACUGGGGUUAACGGUGUGCUACCGGACAGACGAUGAGGAGGACCUGGGGAUCUAUGUGGGCGAGGUCAACCCCAAUAGUAUAGCUGCUAUGGAUGGCCGUAUCCGAGAGGGGGAUAGAAUCUUACAGAUAAACGGGGUGGACAUCCAGAACAGAGAGGAGGCGGUGGCCAUUCUGACCCAGGAGGACAGCACCAACAUCUCCCUGCUCCUGGCCCGGCCUGAAAUAGAGAAUGACAACCAGCUCGACCCAGAUGAACUGGACCUGGAGGUUCUGGAUAACGCUGUCCACCUGCCCAGCCCCCAUCAGCUGAGGAACAGGGCCUCCAUGCUGGGCGAAGGACCAGGGGUCGUGGGUGGGGGUGGUGUGGUGGUGGUCCGCGGGCGAGGUCACCGUGACUCUCCAGGCCUGCUCCACACGUUGCUGAGUAACAGCCAGGAGCUGGACAGCGGGGUGGGUCGUACAGACGAGAGUACCCGCAAUGAGGAGUCCUCAGAACACGACCUACUAGGAGACGACCAGACCAGUGCCCCCACCACCAACGCCACCAACACCCCCGGCAGCAUGCGCAGGUUCCACUCUGGCCAGGGGGACAGGGACACCCCACCCCUUCUACAUGGCCACUCCACAGAGUUCCACUUCAGCACGGACUCUCUACUGGGUCUGGACUGUCUGGGUGGGGGAGGAGGUGGUGACCUGGCAGGGGAGAGGGUCUACGCAGCUGACCCAGUGAUGAUGAUGAUGCCAGGUCUGACAGAAGAAGAGUGUGAGAGGUACAGGGAGCUAUUGGAGAUCAAGUGUUAUUAUGAGAAGAACAGCAAUGCUCUUCUGCUGCUGGGGGAGCAUGGGGGUCAUGGGGGACAGGGGGGCGAUGGGGGGGUUCCUCUGGAUGUGAACAGGAAUGAGAGCCUGAUGCAGCAUGAGAUGGCCCUCGUGGAAGAGGAGCUACGCCACCUGGAGUUCAAGUGUCGUAACAUCCUGAGGGCCCAGAAGAUGCAGCAGCUCCGGGAGCGCUGUCUGAAGGCAUGGCCCCUGGAGGAGGAGAGUGGGGCCGGGGCUGGAUGGGUGGCUCCUUUGGUUAGCGAGGAGUCCUGUCACCAUGAGCUGUCAGACAUUAAUGAGCUCCCUGAGAGGGAACGCUCCGACAAGGACAGCACCAGCGCCUACAACACAGGAGGGGAGAGCUGCAGGAGCACCCCUCUGGUCAGCGAACAGUACCCCUCCCCCUCUGCACAUGGCCACAGCAGCUUGGAGGGGGGAGACUCUACCUCUUUGCCGUCGCGGACCCCCACCCGGCACAGGGAGAGGGGAGGCAGGAGUGAGAGGGGGCAGGCUAACCUGAACCAGCCCUACUCCCCUAGCUCACACAGGAGGGGAGCGGACGUCAAGACCUCUAGCCCGAGAGGGGCCAAGUUCAGAUCCUUGUCCCGCGACGGGGGGGCAAGGAGGGGGUCAGACGGAGGGGUGAGAUGCCCCAAAACCAAUGGGACAGUGGAGGGGAGGGAAGGGCGUAGCGCUGAGAACAGUCCUUAUCUGUCCCGCCGCCACUCUGGCUCCAGAAUCCCCCUGCGCUACCAGAGCUGCAUGCAGCUGAGGUCCCCCUCCACAUCCGAGGGCCUGGAGAGACCCAGGGAUGGCAGCGAGAGUCCCAUGAGCCUGGGGAGCACAUGCAAGGACAUCCCCCAGGGCCCUGUGUCCAUGCCAUCCUUACCCAUCCCCCCUCCCCUGCCUCCGCCGGCCUCGCCGCGUAUGGAGUGGAAGGUCAAAGUACGCAGCGACGGAUCUCGCUAUGUUGCCAAGCGGCCCGUUAGGGACCGCCUCCUGAAGGCCCGGGCCAUUAAGAUCCGGGAGGAGCGCAGCGGCAUGACCACGGAUGACGAUGCCGUCAGCGAGAUGAAGAUGGGCCGCUAUUGGUCCAAGGAGGAAAGGAAGCAGCAGCUUCUCAGGGCCCGGGAACAGCGCAGACGCAGGGAGUUUAUGAUGCAGAGCAGGCUGGACUGCCUGAGGGAGAGGGAUAGGGAGUCUAGUGGCGGUGGACAACAGGGGGCUCCGCAGGGACAGGAGCCCACUACCAUCUUGGAGCUGAGCCACAGGAGGAGCCAGAAGAAACGGAGCCGUAGGAUCCUGGACAACUGGAUCACCAUCCAGGAACUACUGGCCCACGGAACCAGGUCCCCUGACGGCAAGAAGGUCUACAACCCUCUGCUGUCAGUCACCACUGUCUAAUGGAGAGGGUGGAAGACCGAGAAAGAAAAGAGAGGGUGACCAACAAAGUGAGAUCGAGAGGAAGUGUAGGAGUGAUUGAAAUAAAUGGUCCAGAGGAAGUGGGUUACUUUGGAGAGGGAAAGAAACCAACUGUCGACUGAUCUGCCAUUGCAUAUUGGAGAGAGAUUGGGUGAUAAGAGUCUGUACAGCCCUCAUUUCUGCCUGAAAGAAUUAUAAACAUAAGCAGGUAGGCAAGACAACAGAAGUGAAAAGAAAGUGCUGGUGAAAUAAACCAAUCUGUAGCUAUUGACCAGCGUUUCUUUGCUAUACCAUUCUUAUAAGGACAGUGCCUCAAACACCCACUAAUAAGCUUGUGUAUGGCAUAUAACAGAGUAUACAAAGCACAUUGGCCAACAAGAAUAAAGUAAAGGACAACAUGACUGAAACGUGGACAUUGUGGUAAGAUCUGACGAGCACGUUUUAAUAUGAAUACAUUGAGAAGCACAGUGAGGGGGAAAAAAAGCCACACCAAAUCCCACAGCAAAGGAAACAUGACAACUAUAUCUCUGGUGGUUGAGAGUUGAGGAAAUCUUCUUGAACGUGUCUUCUGAUGGCUGGUACGAUCGUAUUCUGCGGUGGAGUUACUUAUAAAGUAUGACAGCACAAUCUGAGGAGUUGAAAGUGGUUCUUUGACAUUUGAUUACUUGCAUGUUGACUAUAAAUGUUAAAAAGUAACAUAUACUUCAAAAAAACCGUGACAAAAAGUUGGUGUGAAAUUGUGGAUGUGACAUGUUCUUAAUUUGUUGAAUUCUUAGACUAGAAAACAAUGUGGCUGUUUGUUCAGUAUACCGUGAUGUCUGGUCCAUAAACGUUUUACAAUAAAAGCCUUUUCUAUAUCAUUUGUUGAAGUGAUUUCGUCCUUUGAAUUGUUCCCAUAUUUUCUG